UUUCUACUUCAAAACAGAUUCACUUCCAAACAAACUGAACAUUGAUUUUGUCUAAGUGCCAUUCACACUCAGUCAACACUCAUUGAAUCACCUUCUCUCCUUCCUUCAUUCCUUCCUUCCCCCUGCUUCUUCCUACCUACUAUAUAGACAACAAAAACCCACCCAACCAGCAACCAGCUCCUCUCUUCUAAUCCACGCAACCACUACUGUCUCAAAGCCUUUUUCUUACGCGUUUUCUUUUCCACUCACCUGCUUUCUCACCAAAGACGCUCGAAAGAACUCUACUUUCCAACCUCACAAAUACCCUUCAAUUUCCAUUUCCAAUCUCACUACAGCUCACAAUGCGCUUCGCUUCAGUCAUUGCCGUGGCUGCUAUGGCCUCAGCGGCAGUCAUCACCCGACAGGCUGCUCCUGCCACGCCUGCCAAGGUUCUGAUCGGUGCUCCUGGCACGAUCGCAAUCGCCGACUACGACGGCAAGGAGUUCAAAGUUGUUGCCAACGACUCCCAGCCUGGCACUGGCCCCAGCUGGAUGGCAUUCAAAGAGCCAAACCUCAUCUACGCUGUAGAUGAGAACUCCAACAGCACUCGCCUGUUCAACUUCGACACGGCUACAAACGAGCUCAAACUCGUCCAGGCUGCUAACGGAUCGGCUGGUGUUGUCUCCCUCGAGUUCAACGCCGACAAGACCCGUCUCGUCGGCACCUCCUUUGGUCAGGGCACUGUAGACGUCUGGGAUAUCUCUGAGGCGAGCUCUCUCAAGCUCUUGAAGCAGAUCACUUUGGGUGGAACUCUCGGUCCCAACAAGGCUCGUCAGGACCAGUCUCGCGCACACCAGGCCGUUCUCGACCCCUCUGGCCGUUUCUUCGCCGUCAGCGACCUCGGCACCGACAGCAUUGUUAUCAUUGACUCCAAGGAUGAUGCGUACGAGAUCACGUCUCGCAACAGCGUCGGCACUGCUGGCUGCGGUCCCCGUCACGGCGCCUGGUACCCUCCUAAGGGCGACAAGGCCACGGCUUACAUCGUCGCCUGCGAGCUGACCAACACGCUCGAAGUCUUCUCCGUCUCGAACAACGGUUCCUCCAUCUCCCUCACUCGAACCCAGGAGAUAAGCACGUACGGUGCGGCCUUCCCUCCUGCCAAUGCCACCACCGCCGCGGCUGGCGAGAUCAUCGUCUCGGGUGACGGCAAGGACGUCUACGUCUCCAACCGCCUUACAGGCAACCAGACAGACUCGAUCUCCCACUUCAAGAUCACGCCAAAGGCAGCCCAGGGCGGCUCUCCGUGCAAGGCCACCAGUGGCGGCAUCGCACUCGAGUUCGUCGAGGCCAUCUCUUCCGGCGGCCAAAUCCCCCGCAUGUUCAGCCUGUCCAAGGAUGACAAGACGCUCUUCUCGACGAAUCAGCAGGGCGAGGGCGCCUUCGGCGUGUUGGCGCUCAACCGUGCCGCCGACGCAGGCAAGCUCACUGCUACCGCCGUCGCGUCGCUCCCCGUCACGAUCUUCGGCCCAGUGGGAUUCGGUCCCCAGUUCGUGCAGCAGAUUGUUUAGAGUCACUUGGCAAUGUACCCUGCCGGACACGAUCUCGUCUUUUUGUGUUUAGGGGACUGGGCCUGUUGAUUACGACCUCGGCUAUUUUAUUUGUCCUUUUUGGCGUCAAACAAGGCUGGAAGGGGCGUUGGAGGGCGGAAAACAUGAAGUGGCUGGUACAGGCAUGAACCGCUUGCUUUUACUCGGUUUCUGGUUGCGAAGAUACCAUGGUUUGUUUGAAGAUGGUCAGCCUCACCAAUUAUGAGGUUCAAUGAAAAAUUUCUCCAGCAACUUGUGCCAUUUGUUCCUUGUUCUUCGUGAUGAAUGUAAAUGCGGAAAGAAGCGAGGAUGAGGAUGAUGAAGAUGCAACGUGAGCAGAAAACGGAGACCAGUCGUCCAGUUUAAACUCCCGUCGGCGAGUAAGCCGCCGGGUCCGGUAAUGGGUGCCCACUGUAACGUAGCGAGGUGCUGUCGCGCUACGACCUUCGUAGCGUCGCUAAUCGGAUAG